ACCGUCAGAUGCAGAUCCAACAGCAGGCACGCUAUCCGUCUUCCCCAUUUAAGACCUGAACCCUCGCUCGGAGCCCCUCCUGCGCCGUCGUCUUCCUCCUCGCCUCCCUAGCUUCCUCGGCGCCGCCACUGCCAGAGCUCGACUCGCUCCCCAGAGGUAAGGAUGGUGAGAGUCAGUGUGCUGAAUGAUGCUCUCAAGAGCAUGUACAAUGCUGAGAAGCGUGGGAAGAGGCAGGUCAUGAUCAGGCCUUCUUCCAAGGUUAUCAUCAAGUUCCUUAUCGUCAUGCAGAAGCACGGAUACAUUGGUGAGUUUGAGUACGUCGAUGAUCACAGGUCUGGCAAGAUCGUGGUUGAAUUGAAUGGCCGGCUCAACAAGUGUGGUGUUAUCAGUCCUCGCUUUGAUGUUGGUGUUAAGGAGAUUGAGGGAUGGACUGCAAGGCUUCUUCCUUCUCGGCAGUUUGGUUACAUCGUGCUGACGACUUCAGCUGGUAUCAUGGACCACGAGGAAGCAAGGCGUAAGAACGUUGGUGGCAAGGUCCUAGGCUUUUUCUACUGAAAAGAAAGUUCAAUGCAAGUUCUUGAGAUCUGUUAGUAGGAUAUUUCCCAAGGAACAUCGGAGUUGGUCUUUUUUUGUCUGAAUAGCUGCAAUGGAUUGUUAAGUUAAUCUGGAAUCUGUUAUGCACUUUUUAAUUGGGUGCCUUUGUUUGAAAGUAUGCCCUCUGCCUGAUUAGUGUGAGAUCUGUAUGCCGUCUUGGUGUUGUUCCAUUGACGUGGAUUGUUCUUCUGUGUCA